GUAUGUCCGUCUCCCUGUAUGAAAUUAAAGGCAGCGUGCACGCGCCGGCAUUCGCAAACCUCACGCGGACCAUCACGCCUACUGUGAGUAAGCAGACAGACCGUGAGUAGUUCAGAACCAGACACCCAGACACUAUUACCAGCAGACAACAUGAGGGAAUGUAUCAGCGUCCAUGUUGGCCAAGCCGGAACCCAGAUGGGCAAUGCAUGCUGGGAGCUGUACUGCCUGGAGCAUGGGAUCCAGCCUGACGGUCAGAUGCCAUCAGAGAAGACAAUAGGAGGGGGAGACGACUCUUUCAACACUUUCUUCAGCGAGACUGGAGCAGGCAAACACGUCCCCAGGGCGGUGUUCGUCGAUCUCGAACCAACUGUAGUUGACGAAGUUCGCACUGGGACCUAUCGCCAACUAUUUCACCCGGAGCAGCUCAUUACAGGUAAAGAGGAUGCAGCCAACAACUAUGCCCGAGGUCAUUACACAAUUGGGAAGGAAAUAGUGGACCUGGUUCUGGACAGGAUUCGCAAGUUGGCCGACCAGUGCACCGGUCUCCAGGGAUUCCUCAUCUUCCACAGCUUCGGUGGAGGAACUGGAUCAGGGUUCACGUCCUUGCUCAUGGAGCGUCUGUCGGUGGAUUACGGGAAGAAAUCCAAGCUGGAGUUUUCGGUCUACCCAGCUCCUCAAAUAUCAACUGCCGUGGUGGAGCCUUACAAUUCCAUCCUGACCACUCACACGACUCUGGAGCACUCUGACUGCGCCUUCAUGGUCGACAAUGAAGCUAUCUACGAUAUCUGUCGCCGCAAUCUUGAUAUUGAGCGUCCAACAUACACCAACCUGAACAGGCUAAUUGGACAGAUUGUCAGCUCUAUCACUGCGUCACUUCGCUUUGACGGCGCUCUAAACGUUGACUUGACCGAGUUUCAGACUAAUCUUGUGCCAUAUCCACGCAUCCAUUUCCCCCUGGCAACCUACGCCCCUGUAAUCUCGGCUGAAAAGGCUUACCACGAGCAGCUUUCUGUUGCCGAGGUGACCAACGCUUGUUUCGAGCCAGCCAAUCAGCUUGUGAAAUGCGACCCACGUCACGGGAAGUACAUGGCCUGCUGCAUGCUGUACAGAGGUGACGUUGUACCGAAAGAUGUCAACGCAGCUAUAGCCACCAUCAAGACGAAGAGAACCAUCCAGUUCGUGGAUUGGUGUCCAACAGGGUUCAAGGUCGGCAUCAACUACCAGCCGCCCACUGUGGUCCCUGGAGGAGAUCUGGCAAAAGUGCAGCGCGCUGUCUGCAUGUUAAGCAACACGACAGCCAUAGCCGAAGCGUGGGCUCGUCUCGACCACAAGUUCGAUCUGAUGUACGCCAAGCGCGCCUUCGUCCAUUGGUACGUCGGUGAGGGUAUGGAGGAGGGGGAGUUCUCAGAGGCUCGCGAGGAUCUGGCUGCCCUGGAGAAGGACUAUGAAGAGGUUGGAGUUGACUCUGUGGAGGUUGAGGAUGAGGAAGAGGGUGAGGAGUAUUAGCGUGCGGCGUUGACCUGCUCCCCAAUGAACAGUUAGUACGGACCAAACUGAUAGUUAGAAUGGACCAACAUGACGUGCUCACCUUUUCUAGUCUUCGCGCUCUGCUGUCUUUCACAUGUGCUGAUUUCUUUUGACAAUCAGUAAUUAAUGCUUUUUUGCAUCAUCUGUACCCAACGCUCACUAUUUGCAAUAAACUAUUUAUUUAG